AUGCACAACAAUCUUAAUCACUCUAAGGGCACUAUUUAUGCGCCUUGUCUAAAUGAUGUUCCGGAAACAGAAAUAGUGGAAAAUUUAAGUGAUCAAGGUGUUGUCUCAGCAUACAAAUUCCUUAAACGUUAUGAUGGCCAAACUGUUGCUAGUGGAGUCGUGUUGCUCACAUUCGACUUGUAUCAGCUCCCAGAAAAACUGGAAGUCUCAUGGUACACUACCAAAGUCAGACCUUACUUCCCGAACCCGAUGAGGUGUAAAAGUUGUCAAAUCCUUGGACACACAACUAAACGUUGUAACAAAACCCCAGCAUGCGACUCAUGUGCACUUCCACCUCACACGCCAACUCCAUGCUCACGUACUUUUUGCGCAAAUUGCUCAGGCGAUCAUGCUGCCUCCAGUAAAUCAUGCCCAAAAUUCGUUCAAAUGAAGCAAAUAAUUACGAUAAAAACUGAAAAGAAAUGCAGCAUGCGCGAGGCUAUUAGAAUACAUAAAAUGCAAAUACCCCCUACUCUUAAUGAAUCGUCACCCUCUUUCUCUAAUGUAACUAAAAAUACCUACAGUAAUCCACAAAACAAUAUAAACACAACAAAUACAACUAAUCACCAAGCAGAACAAACCUCCAGAAACCCCAACAAUUUAAAUAUCAUCAAAACAAAUAAUACCACAAAAGGAAGUAACAAAAAUACAAUAAAUACAUCAUUCAAGCCGGUAUCACCUACUCCCACUGUUGACACUCUUCUACCCUCCACCAGCAAUAAUAACAAUAGUAACCCACAAACCAAGCAAAUAUUUUCUACUACCAACAAUGCUAACUCAGCAAACAUAAACGCAAAUGAAUAUAACGCGAAUAUCGAUAGCACUGUUGACUGCGUACAUAAUAAUUCAGUCGAUUACUACAACACAAAUCCAACUAUUUUCUCCUUCCUUUCUCAACUUUCCCAGCUUCCCACCCACCCUCUUCCUCCUGUUAUUACAGAAAGCCCACCCCAAAAAGAAGAAUAG